AUGUCACUUUUGGCUCUCCACAAGACCACUGAAGACACGAACGUUUUUCCUGAUGAAGAGGCUGAUCUCCGCAUCCCUCAACUCAAUGUUGACCAGCGCCAUGCGUUCUCGAGGAUCAUUGAUUCUGUCACUGCCCAGCAGGGCAGCAUCUUCUUCUUGAACGGUCCAGGCGGCACAGGCAAAACAUUUGUCUAUAACACGGUGUGUCAUAAAGUUCGAGCAGAAGGAUGGAUCGUCCUCUGCGUGGCAUCAUCGGGGAUAGCAUCGCUCCUGCUGAAAGGCGGUCGCACAGCUCACUCACGCCUCAAGAUUCCUGUGGAGAACCUGAAUGCCCAGUCGACUUGCGCUAUACGCAAGGAA